AUGCAGCAAGGGUUUGCAGUGGAGGAGAGCAGAGGCAAUCAACUUCCUGGAGAGAGGUUCUGCCCCAUGGAGGACGAACUAGUUCUCUUCUACCUUAAGCCCAUGUUGAGCGGAGAGAAGGUGCCCGGUAGAAACCGCGUGGUGUUCGACUGCGACCUCUACGGUCACCAAGAACCUUGGGAGAUAUGGGAGGCCUACAAGACCAGAAGACCAAACGACUUGAGGCUCAACAAGGACAUCUACUUCUUCACCCAACACAAGACGAUGAGUUCCACAGACACACGCAUACGCCGGACCGUUGGCAAUGGCACCUGGAAGGGCGACGACUCCGGCAAGCCAGUAAAAUCUUUGGAGACUGGUCGUGUGGUUGGCUUGAAGAAAAGACUUACUUACAAGAACCAAGCAUCGGAGCACAACGGUUGUUGGAUCUUGUAUGAGUUCUACCUUGAUCGAUCACUCAGAGACAAUAAACAAAAGGUGAAAGACUAUGUUCUCUGUCUGCUAAGAAAAAAUGGUGAACCCAAAACCAAGAUCAAAAAGAAGAGAAAGCAACGUGAAGAGGAAGAGGUUCUUGAAAACAAUUAUGCCUGUGACUGUGAUGAUGGAGAGAACACAAACAAGGAGCAAGAAGAGUUGCUUGAGCCUCAAGCGAAGCGACAACAACCUUCCGAAGAAAAUGUACCCCCUGUAUCUCACAAUAUUGGUUCAGAACGGCAACAACCUAUAGAUCAAAAUGGGUCGGUUAUUAGUGAGGUACAAGUCAGCAGCGAAGAUGAAGCAUUUAGUUUUGCCUUUGAUGAUUUCAUUAUCCCUAUGGAUCAUGCGUACAUCAACUCUGAUGAAUUCAGCAACUACAACUUUGGAGACGAGUUCAUGUCGGGAGGGGAUGACAUCGAUACAGCAGAUAUACUACCACUCUCAUCAUCAUUCCCACAGCUGCUUGGAGAUUAG